AUGGCCUCGUCGUCCUCCAACGUUGUUGGGGUGCACUAUCGCGUCGGGAAGAAAAUAGGAGAGGGCUCUUUCGGUGUCAUUUUUGAAGGCACCAAUCUACUCAACAACCAACAAGUAGCAAUCAAGUUUGAACCAAGAAAGAGUGAUGCCCCUCAGCUGCGCGAUGAAUACAGGACAUACAAAAUCCUGGUCGGCUGUCCUGGCAUCCCCAAUGUCUACUACUUUGGCCAAGAGGGCCUCCACAAUAUUCUUGUGAUCGAUCUCCUCGGCCCAAGUUUGGAAGACCUCUUCGACCACUGCAACAGACGCUUCUCGAUCAAAACGGUGGUGAUGGUUGCCAAGCAGAUGGUACCAAACACUCUCCCUCCGAAUCAACUGCUGAUGCUAACUUGUUGGUCGCUGUCGAGAGUACAGACGAUCCAUGAAAAGAACUUGAUUUACCGCGACAUCAAGCCUGACAACUUCCUCAUUGGCCGGCCAGGGACCAAGGCUGCUAACGUCAUUCACGUCGUCGACUUUGGAAUGGCCAAACAAUAUAGAGAUCCAAAAACCAAGCAACACAUCCCUUACCGUGAACGAAAAUCGCUAUCGGGCACUGCACGUUAUAUGAGUAUCAAUACACAUUUGGGACGAGAACAGUCACGACGAGACGACUUGGAAGCUCUGGGCCAUGUUUUCAUGUACUUUUUGAGAGGCGGGCUACCAUGGCAGGGCCUGAAGGCAGCCACGAACAAACAAAAGUACGAGAAGAUUGGUGAGAAAAAGCAGACGACAGCUAUCAAGGAUCUAUGCGAAGGGUUUCCGGAGGAGUUUAACAAAUAUCUCAGCUAUGUCCGUAAUUUGGGCUUCGAGGACACUCCGGACUACGACUUCCUCCGGGAUCUGUUCACCCAAGCGCUCAAGAACACGGGCGAGGUGGAGGAUGGUGAAUAUGACUGGAUGAAGUUGAACGGCGGUCGCGGAUGGGAGGCUGUUAAACAACAUCCGUCGCAACUUCAUCUGCACAACACCAAUCCCCCGGCCGAUGCCUCUGCUCGUGCAUUGCACGGAGCGUCUGGCGUCCGAGGUUCAGAUGGUCAACGACCUACGCGAGACCGAGCAGCAAUAUCGGCCGACCGUUUAAACGCAGCGCAGCCCCCGCCCCCAGGGUCACCAGCGAAGCCGGGAGUAGCGGCCAUGGGGAAGAGCGCUCGAGAUCGCACAAGCGGCGCCGCCGGGGGCAAUCUCCCAAAGAGAAGCAGUGGCCUAGCGGGCCAACUGGACAUGAACACGCCUCCAGCAAGUACUCAGGCGCAGUUCCAAAACAGCAACGCCAACUUGGUGAACCAGCAGGCGAGGACGAGCCCCGCGACAGGGGCCUUGCAGAAUAACCAGGGCCGAACCACACAACAACAGGAACAGCAACCUGGGUUUUUCCAGAAGAUGAUGAAGGUGCUUUGUUGUGGUACGUGUUCCAGGCAUAUGAUAUUCUCUUGA